AUGGGCAACGGACACGUUAAGUUUGGUGACGAUGAAAGAUCAGAAAACGCAGCUGCAAUCACUAAUAGGCAAGAUGAUGUGCUGGUAAUAUCAAAAGAAAAAAAAGAAGUACGUCUAGAGAGUGAAAGCGAUGAUGAUGAUGAUGAUGAUGAUGCUCCACAGGAAGAAGGGCUUCACUCUGGAAAAAGUGAAGUUGAGUCACAUAUUACUCAAAGGGAAGAAGCCAUAAGGUUUGAACAGUCACAAUUGAAGUCCAAGAGAAGGAAGCAAAAUGAAUUAUAUGCCAAGCAGAAAAAGGAAAUAAAUGAGGUGAGACCAGCUGAAGAGGCGAUCGCGGAGCUUCCUGAUGAGCUGCUGGAAAGUAUAGAUCAGAGGGAAGAAAGCGGCGCGCAAAAUACAUCUUCAAGGCACAUAAACUUUGACGAAUUCGAUGAUUCAGGUGAAGAAGAAGAGGUAUUGGCCAAGGCCAUAAAGGCGAAGAAAAGAAAGACAUUAAAGAAUUUGAGAAAGGAUUCGGUGAAAAGAGGAAAGUUUAAAAUUCAAUUAUUAUCCACAGCACAGGAUUCCAAAAUGUUGCCACCGAAGAAGGAAUCAUUGAUCAUAAAUUCAAGGGACCGUUGGUUGAAUAGGAAAACGUUACAUAAAAGGUAA